AUGGAUCCAACAUUGCUUAUGGAAGUUGAGCUCAAUGUCCAAAAUGGCAGAUUCAAGCUUCUCUCACCACCUAUAACACCAAGCCUCGCCCUCUGUAGCAGGCAGUUUUGGGUGCCCAACCUUCUGAGCCGCCGCCAAUUAGCCGCCCAAGCUCCUCCAAGGCAGAAACCACCAAGCCGCGAGCAUCUUCCCCUCCUCCCCCGCAUCCUCUCGAGCUUCUGUCCUCUGUCCUCUCCGGGCCGCCAUCUCAUAGCGGACAGACGCACACUCGACUCGCCGUCUUUGGUGUCCUCUGCAGCUGCGCUCGGCGUGCACGACCGCUCUCCGCCACCCAUCCAAAGGCUGCGACUCGUCGACAACGGCCACCUGUACCGACAAACGACGACGACGACGCACCAUCGAUCGACAUACCUUGCCUUCGACCAGCGACCAGCGACCAGCGACCAACGGCCUACACACGAACCACGGCCUGACGAACGUUCGGGGCGCUCGGUGCUUUAUUCGACAGCUACAGCUCCUUCAAGGUCCUCGUGUGACCCCGACAAAUCUCCCCAGCUCGCCGACCUUCCUCUUCCCGCCACGAUGCCUCCCCCUUCGUCGGCGCAACAAAAGGUGCUACUUGCACAGUUCGUCAACCUUACCGGGGCCACGGAACGUCAGGCGACUCGGUAUCUCAAGUCGACUGGCUACAAGCUCAACGAGGCCGUGGAUGCCGCUUCGGGGACGCAUGCAUCCCGUGCAUCGGGCCUCAGAAUGAUGCUGGGUUGGAAGGGCGUCAAACAUCAUCUGCCUUCCAAAGUCGCAAAGGCUGUCCCUCAUUGGUUGUCUAAGAAGAAACGAGAGAACCAUGGCGCCGACACCUCCUCUACCAGGGACCAAUCUGGACGGUUUUAUAUGAACUCAGCCAGCGAGGCCAAGGGGCCAUCUCUGUUGGAUGCGAAGCUGGACUCUCUAUUCGACUCAUUAAGGGAUGACAGCGCCGAUGACAAAGACCAGCUGGAGCUGGAGUCGACCAUGGGCUAUCUGAGUGAAAAGCUCAACGUCAGCCUAGAAAACGCCGAACUGUUUGUAGUCCUGGAACUGGUGCAGGCCCCUAGCGUAGGUGAAAUCACCAGAGCAGGAUUCAUCGACGGCUGGAAAUCAAGCGGGGCUGGGACAUCGCAUGCAGAGCACGCCGCUCAUGUACGGAAACUCAUAUCUGACCUGUCUCGUGAUAUGGCAUUGUUCAAGAAGGUUUACAAAUACGCCUUUGUUGCUGGUCGUGAAAAGGACCAGAAAGCCCUGGCUUUGGACAACGCCCUGAUCUACUGGAGCAUGCUCUUCUCGGCGCCUGGUGUGGUAUGGAAGGGCAAGCACGACUGGUUGGACCUGUGGAAGACAUUCUUGGGCGAGAAGUGGACUCGAUCUGUCAACAGGGACAUGUGGAAUAUGAUUCUGGAGUUUGCUCUCAAGAGCAUCAGCGACGAGUCCUUGUCGUUCUGGAGCGAAGACGGCGCAUGGCCAAGCGUCAUUGACGACUUUGUCGAGUGGUGCAAGCAGAAGGGAAUCGGAAAGCCCGAAACUAUGGAAGUCGAUGGUCAGUGA